CUAACAGUUCUUUAUAUGGGAUUCAAUCCUUUUGAUUGUACUUGUGAAAGUAUUUCCUGGUUUGUUACCUGGCUCAAUAAGACCAAUAGCAGCGUCCCUGGCUUGAAUAGUCAGUACUUCUGCAAUACUCCACCAAGUUACCACAACCAUACGGUUGUAGCUUUUGACAUAUCUCCCUGCAAAGAUGUUGCUCCUUUCAAGGGUGCGUUUAUCAUGAGUAGCAGCAUUAUACUUGUUUUCAUCUUUGCUGUGUUUCUGAUUCACUUUCACGGAUGGUGGUUAGAAUUCUAUUGGAACGUGUCUGUCAACCGAAUAUUUGGCUUUAAGGAAAUAGACCAUCAGGAAGUUCAAUUUGAGUAUGAUGCAUAUAUAAUUCAUGCCAAAAAUGACAUUAACUGGGUCAACAAAUAUUUAUUGCCUUUGGAGCAACAGGACCAAAAAACUAUGUUCCAGUUUUGCUUGGAAGAAAGGGACUCUGAGGUUGGAAUUUCUGAGCUGGAAUCCAUUGUGAACAGUAUAAGCCAGAGCAGAAAAAUCAUCUUUGUUAUGACUCAAGAGCUUUUGAAGGAUCCCUGGUGCAGAAGAUUCAAGGUACAUCAAGCAAUGCAGCAAGUCAUUCAGCAAAGCCGUGAUUCCAUCAUUUUGAUAUUUUUACAUGAUAUCCCUGAUUAUAAAUUGCACCAGAUGCUGUGCCUCCGAAGGGCAAUGUUCAAAUCGCACUGCAUUCUAACCUGGCCUGCUCAGAGCGAUCGAAUUCCCGCCUUUCAUCAGAAACUUCAAAUCGCACUUGGUUCAACUAAUCGAGUCCAAUAGCCUUACAUCUACUUCCUGUCUGCAAUUAGUACUCCUCAGUCUAAUACGAGGCAGAAAUAUAAAAAGGCAAAUUUUGAGGCAAAAUUCAGCAACAAAUUCUGAACAGAAUUAUGGAGUGCUGUCCUUCUGCGGUGUAUCUAUUUGGCCCAUCAUCUCUUUGCUGGCUGUCUGCAAGAGCAACUCACCAGUGUAACUGAUUCACUUUUACCCCAGAGCGGUGCAAAUCUUUUCUCUUCAGAUAAUGAUCUUGUUCUCCUUUGAAAGCCACAACUGAAUCUGUGUCCACCAGACUUUCAGGCAGUGUAUUCUACAUCCUAACCAUCCGCAGCAUAGAAACAGAGAUCGUAGGAACUGCAGAUGCUGGAGAA